AUGUGGGAGCUUUUCGACAAAUCGGCGGGUAAGAACAGCCAUAUGAGAAGGGUUGUUUACGUUGUAACUAGAUUGUCUCAGAUGAGCCCAAAGAAGAUCGGUAGAUCGGCUGGCUGCGGAACGUGGAACGCGGAGGCUACCAACAAACCGGUCCUGGAAGGUGGCAGAGUUAUAGGGUAUCAUAAGCAGUUGACAUACACGGUGAAAUCCGAGGCGGCAAACAGAGGAUCUUGGUACAUGAACGAGUAUUCUUUGUCGGAGCAAGUUUUGAAACAACCAGGGAUUAAGAGCACCGAUUUCGUAAUCUGUCGCAUAGUUAGGGAUGACUCAAAAGUUUGUAAGGUUAAGGAUUCAUCCUCCAAGACUACUGCUUGUUCAACAAGUAAUAAUAAGGCGGGUGGUCGGAAGCGUAAGGAUUGUUGUGGAGACGUGACGAAUAUUCAUAAUCAAGAUGAUCAUUCAUCAGGAGAAAUCAUGGGAUCAUCAUCAGCGGCUGGAUUUCCAGAUCCGCAAGGAGGAGGAGGUGGAGUAACGUUCUAA